AUGCUUCGGCGGCUCUGCACGAACCCGCGGUCGCUCUGGGCCAAGCGCCUGCCCUUAGAGCAUGACAUGGUGGAGACGCCAAGGAUACAGAGCGACAUGGACAGCUCGAGCAACUCGGACCAUGUAGCCAUCUCGCUCGAGACGCCCAUGCAUCUCUCGAGCAAGCGACAAGGCAGCGCCGCCCUCGAGAGCGAGGUCAAGUCGCUCCGUGGGCCGCUCACAACGACAGCGUCCAUGCGCCCCGACGCGCCUAGCCUUCUCUUGCCGUUCUCGAAUCGAUUCCGGAACCCGCGCACCGAGGAGCUCUAUCAGAUGGACGUGAGCCAGCAAGCGAUCGGGCAGUCGCAGUUUAUUCUAGCGCUCGUCUUUGGCUCGCACUUGGUCUUCUCAGUCUGGUGGACGUGCGCGUCGCCGCGAUUGACGCCCAGCGGCCUCGUCAACUACGACGGGUACUACAAGGGCCUCCAUGGCCUCGAGUACCUCGCGAGCGAGGAUCUGCUUGUCGUGCAUUUCAUGUACUUUCCGUUCGCUCUCGGCCUUGCGCUCAUCCCGUUCCGCCUCCUCAAUUCGUGGGGCAAGAGCAAGCUGCUCAUGUACUGGGCCCGUCGUUAUUGGAAGCACUGCAUGACGCUCGUCGUGACGCUCUAUUGCACGGGCAAGCUCAUCUACCUUGGCACAGUCUUCCAGCGAUCCCAAACCGAGCGCAACGCGUGGAGCCAACAUCAAACGUGUGGCAGGAACGUACCCGCGCCCGCGUACUGGGUCGACAACAACGGGUCCACGACCCUGGCCGCGUGGCGCCUCGAGUACAUUGACAUGCUCAACGAGUACAUCUCGAUCAUCUUUGCGUGCAACGCGGUCGCCGACACGAUUCUGUUCAGCCUGAGCCUCAAGCUCGAUUUUCCCCAGGUCAUUCUCGUCCUGCUCUCGGCCGCGCUUGUGUACGUCAUCAACUGGAAAAUCAACGCCGGCUCGUACGAGAUCUUCAUGUCGAUGAACUUUGUCGCGUUCGUCUUUGCGAUUUGCCUCCCGAUUGUGCUCACGCUGGUGGCGUUUUACCUCCUCGACCGCGCCGCGCGCUACACGUUUUACUCCAAGAUGGACGCCGAACGCGUCAAUACGGCGCUCAAACACGGUGUCACGGUCAACCGCCAGCAGCUCGCGACCCGCGGCCGCGUCGGCCCCAUUGAACAGCAGCUGCUCCAAGAACUGCUGCACGCCAAGUCGCCCGAGAACGAGUUUUUGCACAACGUGUCGAUCCCGUUUGAAGAGCUCACGCUCCACGAGCUCGUGAGCGAGCACGUGAAAGGCGAUGUUGUGCGCGGCGAGUACACGGGUCUCCGCGUCGCCAUCAAGCGGCUGAGCGUCUUGACGCGCGAGACCAUUGUCGAGUUCAAGGCGCACGUUGAGCUCCUCGCGGGUCUCCGCCACCCGAACGUCGUCCAGUUCAUUGGCGCCAGCAUCGACUCGAUCUCGAACCUUUGCAUCGUGCUCGAGUACAUGGAGAAAGGCGACGUGCACUCGCUCCUGCAGUCGUCCAUGACGCUCGAGUGGAACGAUCCCUUGCUACAGAUCGCCAACGACGCCGCGCAGGGAAUGGCGUAUCUGCACCACAGCAACAUCAUCCACCGCGAUCUCAAGAGCGCCAACCUCCUCUGUUCGGCGACGUACGCCUGCAAAGUGUCGGACUUUGGCGAAUCCAAGCAAAUUCACAUGGAAGAGUGCCUCCGCACCAUGGUCGGCACGCCGUACUGGCUCGCCCCCGAGAUUCUGCGCGAGACGCCGUACAGCACACCGGUCGACUGCUACAGCUUUGGCAUUGUCCUCAUUGAGCUCGAGUCGCGCAAGGACCCGUACUUUGACUGCGACGGCAUGAGCACGAUCGACAUCAUGGCCCAGGUCGCGCGUGGCGUGCGCCGACCGACGAUUCCGUCGACGUGUCCGCCCAAGCGGCACGCGCUCAUUUCGCGCUGCCUCGAUGACGACCCGAAAGCGCGGCCGAGCAUGGUCGAGAUCCUCAAGGCGCUGCAGACCGACAUCCGCGAAGAAGUGCUCUCGUCGCGCAUCAACACCUUUGACGCGCACAUCAACCGGCGACAACUGCUGCUCAAACACCAAAUGCUCAACCGGUGCGCACUCCACGAAAUAUUUAACGACGGCGACGCAUCGUCCAAAGCCUCGACCUAA